GGGUCCGGAAAGAGAGAAAUUCCUCAGUUAAGUAAGGGGCGCAAGAGGGAACGCAGCUCAAGGGGAUACGCGAACAAACAGCUUUUAUUCCGAACCUGUACCCCAAUUAAGGAGGACAAUGGGGUUGCUCCAGGUGACUGGACUCAUUAUAGUAAUGUUAUGGGGUGCGGCCCAUACUCAGCAUCCAGACUUCAGCCAUGGCUGCGGUGAAGGCAGCUGCUAUCCUGCCACAGGAGACUUGUUGAUUGGGCGGUCAGAGCAGCUGUCUGCUUCAUCCACAUGCGGCACCAAGAAACCAGAGUCAUUCUGCAUUGUUAGCCAUCUUCAGGAAGAAAAAAAAUGUUUCAUUUGCGAUUCAAGCAAGCUGUAUGAUGAAUUUACCAAUCAGGAAAGUCAUCGUAUUGAAAAUGUUGUCACUAGUUUUGCACCCAACCGUCAUAAUUUGUGGUGGCAGUCAGAAAAUGGAAAAGAAAAUGUCACAAUCCAGUUAGAUCUUGAAGCAGAAUUCCAUUUCACUCAUCUCAUUAUGACCUUUAAGACUUUCCGCCCGUCUGCCAUGUUAAUUGAAAGAUCUGCAGAUUUUGGUAAGACAUGGCAAGUAUAUAGAUACUUUGCUCAUGACUGUGAAUCCUCAUUCCCUGGUAUUGCCACUGGGCCAAUGAAAAAAGUUGAUGACAUCAUCUGCGACUCCCGGUAUUCGGACAUUGAACCUUCAACAGAGGGAGAGAUUAUUUAUCGUGUCUUAGAUCCAGCUUUUCGUAUCGAUGACCCAUACAGUCCAAGGAUUAAAAAUUUGUUGAGAAUUACCAAUUUAAGAGUGAAGUUCUUGAAGCUGCAUACUUUGGGGGACAACUUGUUGGAUUCAAGAGUGGAAAUAAAAGAAAAAUACUACUAUGCAAUUUAUGACAUGGUGGUUCGUGGCAACUGUUUCUGUUAUGGACAUGCUAGCGAAUGUGCACCCGUGAAAGGCUAUCCUGACAAUGUGGAAGGAAUGGUACACGGGCGCUGUGUUUGCAGACAUAACACUAAAGGUUUGAAUUGUGAGCAAUGCUUAGACUUCCACCACGAUUUGCCUUGGAGACCAGCUGAAGGCCGCAGCAGCAAUGCUUGUAAAAAAUGUAAUUGUAAUGAGCAUUCCACAAAGUGUCAUUUUGAUAUGGCUGUUUAUAUAUCAACUGGAAAUUCAAGUGGUGGAGUGUGUGAUGAUUGCCAGCAUAAUACAAUGGGGCGAAACUGCGAACAAUGCAAACCAUUUUUUUAUCAGCACCCAGAUAAAGAUAUACGUGACCCAAACAUAUGUCAGCCCUGCAAUUGUGAUCCAGCUGGCUCCCAGAAUGGUGGAAUCUGCGACCGCUAUUCUGACUUCUCUGUGGGCCUUAUUGCUGGACAGUGUCGUUGUAAGGCAAAUGUUGAAGGGGAACGUUGUGAUCAAUGCAAGGAAGGAUUCUAUGACUUGAAUGACCAAAAUCCAGAUGGAUGCCAACAAUGCGGAUGCAACCCUCUAGGAACUAUUCCUGGGGGAAAUUCUUGUGACCAACAGGAUGGAAGUUGCUAUUGCAAACGUUAUGUCACCGGAAGGAAAUGUGAUAAGUGCAUGCCAGAAUUCUGGGGUUUGAGUAAUGAUUUGGAUGGAUGUCGGGCUUGUGACUGUGACCGCGGUGGAUCACUGGACAAUAACUGUUCACCAGAAUCAGGCCAGUGUAAUUGCAGACCACACAUGAUUGGUCGCCAGUGCAACGAAGUGGAAUCUGGAUUCUAUUUUAUCUCUUUAGAUCAUUACACCUAUGAGGCAGAGGAUGCCAAUUUCGGGCCUGACGUAAGUCUGGUUGAGAGGCAGUAUCCUCAUGAUCGCACUCCUUCUUGGACAGGACCUGGAUUUGCUAGGGUCCCAGAAGGAGCGUAUUUGGAAUUCCACAUUAAUAACAUUCCAUCUUCCAUGGAAUAUGACCUUUUGAUUCGAUAUGAACCUCAACUACCAGAGCAGUGGGAAGAGGCAGUUAUAACAGUUAUACGUCCUGGCAAAAUUCCCACAAGCAGCCGAUGUGGCAACACUAUUCCCAGUGAUGAUAAUCAAGUUGUGGCAUUACCCCCUGGAUCCCGGUAUAUUGUCCUUCCUCGUCCUGUAUGCUUUGAAAAGGGAUUAAAUUAUACCAUACGGCUGGAACUACCACGCUAUUCACCUCAUUCCAAUGUGCAAAACCCAUAUACGUUAAUUGAUUCUAUCGUCUUACUGCCUCAUAUCAAGUCCCUUGAUAUAUUCAGCAUGGGAGGUUCAGGCAAUGACUUGGUAACCAACAACGCCUGGCAAACAUUCCAAAGAUACCGAUGCAUUGAGAACAGCCAGAGCGUUGUAAAAACUCCACUUACUGACGUCUGCAAGAACUUCCUAUUCAGUAUCUCUGCACUUUUACAUGAGGGCGCCCUUGAAUGUAAGUGCAAUCCUCAAGGAUCCUUGAGCACUGUAUGUGACCCUAAUGGUGGCCAGUGCCAAUGUCGGCCAAAUGUGGUUGGUAAGAACUGCGACAGAUGUGCUCCUGAGACAUAUGGUUUUGGACCCAGUGGAUGCAAACCUUGUGAGUGUGAUGUGAAAGGAUCUUAUCAUUCCUUCUGCCACCCCGAAACGGGUCAGUGCCCUUGCAUUCAUGGAGCAUACGGACGUCAAUGCGAUGGGUGUCUGCCUGGAUAUUGGGGAUUCCCUAGAUGUCAACAGUGCCAAUGUAAUGGACAUGCUGAAGAUUGCGAUACACUUACAGGAGAGUGCCUUAACUGUAAAGAUCACACUGAAGGUCACAACUGUGAAAGAUGCCUCUCUGGUUAUUAUGGAGAUGCUAGACUUGGCUCAGGAGACCAUUGCAGACCUUGUCCUUGUCCCGAUGGUCCAGGAAGUGAACGACAGUUUGCCAGUGGUUGUUACAAAGACCCCUCAACCUUACAGGUUGUUUGUUCUUGUAAUGUCGGAUAUACAGGAGUCAGAUGUGAUGAAUGUGCAUCUGGCUAUUUUGGGAACCCUGAAGAAAAUGGAGGAGUCUGUCAGACAUGCAAGUGUAACAAUAAUAUAGACAUGUCUGACCCACUUGCUUGUGAUAAACAUUCAGGAAAAUGCCUUAAAUGUCUUCAUCAUACAGAAGGAGAGAGCUGUCAUCAGUGUCAAUUGGGGUACUAUGGAAAUGCCCUUCAUCAGACUUGCAGAUCAUGUAUCUGCAAUUACCUGGGAACAGAACAGAAUAUGUGCAAAGAUGGCCUAGCGUGCCACUGUAACAGGACAACGGGCCAGUGCCCAUGUCUGCCCAAUGUGAUUGGGCAGAGCUGUGAUAGCUGUGCUCCAAAUACCUGGAACCUGGCAAGUGGAACAGGCUGUGAACUUUGUGGAUGUGAUACAGUCCGCUCUCUAGGACCAUCUUGUAAUGAGUUCACUGGUCAAUGUCAGUGCAUGCCUGGUUUUGGUGGGCGGAACUGCAGUGAAUGCCAGGAGCUUUUCUGGGGUAAUCCGGAUGUUGAAUGCCAAGCUUGUGACUGUGACUCCAGAGGCAUUCAGACUCCACAGUGCAAUCGUGCCACAGGCCACUGUGUAUGCAAUGAAGGUGUAGAAGGUAUCCGUUGUGACAGAUGUGCUCGUGGAUAUUCUGGCAUUUUCCCAAAUUGCGUUCCUUGCCACACAUGCUUUGCACUAUGGGAUGUUAUCAUCAAAGAGCUGUCCAACAGAACUAACAAACUCCUAGACCGUGCUGCAGCCAUGAAAGUGACUGGAGUUAUUGGACCAUACCAAGAGACCAUCGAUAAAGUGCAGGAAAAAGUAGAGGAAAUUAAAGAUAUCAUUUCCCAAAAUCCUGCAGCACAACCACUGAAACACAUUGAUCAACUUUUUGAAGAUGCAGAGAAAUUGAAGGCUGAAGUUUCAGAGAGGGUUGCAGAAGUGGAAAAGAAACUAUCUGAAUUUAAUGACAAUGACACAAAACAACUUGAUAUUCUCCAUGAAGACGCAGAGAGUCUUUCAAAAGUUCUCAAAGAACUUGGAGAACAGCUAGAAUAUAUGAAGAUUUCAAAUGUGAAAGGAGCCAUGGACAGCAUCAGCAAAUAUUUCCAGAUGUCUUUGGAGGCAGAAGAGAAGGUCAACGCCUCAACUGUAACCCCGGAUAGCAUUCUCCAACAGUCAGCUACUACCCGACGGGAAGUAGAGGAUUUGCUAGAUGAAAAAGAAUCUGCAUUCAAGGAAGAGCAAGAGGAGCAGUCUCGACUCCUGGAUGAACUUGCUGGCAAAGUGCAGAGUUUAGAUCUUUCAGCACUCUCUGAAAAGACUUGUGGAACACCUUCUGAUUCGGCAUGUGAGGAUUCACCAUGCGGAGGUCUCCACUGCAAAACAGAGGAUGGCAAGAUCAAAUGUGGAGGAUCUGGUUGUGAUGGCUUAGUUACUGUGGCGCACAAUGCAUGGCAAACAUCAAUGAAUUUUGACAAGGAGAUUCUUAGUGCAUUGGCAGAAGUAGAAGAACUCUCUAAAAUGGUAGCAGAGUCAAAGUUGAGAGCAGAGGAAGCAAAGCAAAGUGCCCAAGAUGUCCUCAACAAAGCAAAUGCAACUAAGGAAAAAGUGGACAGAAGCAAUGAAGACCUAAGAAAUCUCAUCAAACAAAUCAGGGAAUUUUUAAUGCAGGACGGGGCUGACCUGGAUAGUAUUGAAGCUGUUGCUAGUGAGGUUCUGAAGAUGGAAAUGCCCACUACUCCAGAGCAGCUUCAGGCUUUGACUGAAGAUAUUCGUGACCGUGUACAGAGCCUGUCUAACGUGGAAACCAUCCUAAUGCAGAGCGCUGGUGAUAUUGCUAGAGCAGAGUCUCUCUUAGACGAAGCAAAGAAGACAAGUAAAAGUGCAUCAGACAUUAAAACUACUGCUGAUAUGGUCAAGGAAGCACUAGAAGAAGCAGGAAGAGCCCAGGAAGCAGCUGAAAAAGCCAUUAAGCAAGCCGAAGAUGACAUCAAAGGGACCAAUGAUCUGCUUACUUCAAUAGAAUCAGAAUCAGCAGCUUCCGAAGAAACCAUAAGUAACGCCACAGAACGUCUUGCCCAGCUGGAAAAAAAUGUUGAGAAUCUAUUGAAAAAGUCAACUGCAAAUUCUGAGGCAGCAGAUAAGGUUGAAAAAACUGUUGAUGAAAUUAAAAAGGAUGCAAAUGGAGUCAAAAAGGUGUUGGACAGUGAACUUAAUGACAAGUAUAAGGAAGUUGAAGACUUGAUAGCAAAGAAAGCAGAAGAUUCUGCAGAGGCCAGAAAGAAAGCUGAGCAGCUUCAGAAGGAAGCCAAAUCACUGCUAACACAAGCAAACAAAAAACUGAACUUACUCAAAAAUUUGGAAAAGACAUAUGACGAUAAUCAGAGGGUUUUGGAAGAAAAGGCUAAACAGUUAGUGGAUUUAGAAGGGACAGUUCGGUCUCUUCUACAGGCGAUCAGUCAGAAAGCAGCUGUGUAUAGCACAUGCUUAUAAGCACGGCUCAAGCAACAGAAUUGGGACCAAAUACGCUGUUGUUAUUUAUUGAAUAUGAAGUGUGACCUCCAAAUGAAGAAAUUAUUUUUGUGAUUACAAUAAAAUUUGAAUGCUAGUAAAAGAAAAGAUAACUCUUGAUUACUGCAAACAAUUACGGUUUUCAUGAUUCCAUUUUGAAUAUUUCCUUUUAACAAGGCAUGCACUAUUGCCUCAAUCACCUAUUUGUAUUUGUACCUACUUUUAAUAUUUUGCACUAGUGUAGUUUUAGUAAUAUGAAGCACACAUUAGUAGUAUAUGCUCUAUAGUGAUUAUAUAAUAUUUUGCUUAUUGUACUCAUAACGGAAACUCAGCUGACAUUUCUCAUUGAAACCUGUAAUCCUCUUGUAAAAACACAGCUGCAUUGGCAAGAAGAUACACAUUUCGGUAGCGUAGAUGUACCCAACAGAAUUAUGUUUUGUAACAGAAUUUAUUUAAUAUACACCGUAUUAAUGUUGCACAGAAAUUACAAUUUAUGCCUACCAAGAAUAAUAAUAAAGCAUAGUUAUGUCAAUGGAUGUGCUCAUACUUCCAUGCAACAUAUACUAAAUAAAGCCUGUUAAUAGGAAGAUACAUUUUUUCAUAAUAUCAUGAUUAUUGGGCUGCAUAGUGUAAUUAGCUCAUCUAUACAAUAGUUCUGUAGCUGUAACACAAGAAAUGUCAUAUGAGGGAGUAUUUCAAUAAAAAAGAUUUUAUUGGCAUGAACAAA